AUGUACUCCGAGACUUGUGCCAACAUGAAUCUGGAGGACCCGCUCGCCACAGGCUUUCAGUCUGGGCCAUUGCCUCAGGAGCCGUGCACCUCCAGUAAGGACCACUCCCCCGAAGGUUCAAUCCCCGUGUCCUCCGACAAUGCCACCCGGGAGAGCAGCAGCGCUCCUGAGGCCGAGCCGGCUCCCAAGCGCGGCGCUCGAGGUGACAAGGGGAAGCCCCGUUCAGGGAACGCCGAGAACCAGGCCCGGUAUCGGGCGCGCUGCAAGACGAAACGCAUGGGCUUGGAGGGCGUGUAUCAAUCGACCAAGGAGGCCCUGGAGAGGGAGCAGCGUGAGAGUGCCCGUCUCACGCUGGACACAGCGGUCCUGACAGGGAUUCUCAGCGUGCGGGACAUGUCCAUCAAGGUGCUAGAAGGCCCCCAAGAGGGACCAGAAGCCCUCAAUGACAGUCCGUCAAACCCUGGCCUGAACGUUCGUUCGGGCGAGGGCAUCUCCCCCCGCCUGCAUGCCGAGGUGAAGCAGUACCUGGAACACGUGGAGCGCCUCUUCAUGGAUCUGGCGCUGGCAGAGGGGUGCUCCAGGCAGUGUGUCACGAGCUUGGAUCUGACGUGGGAUCAACUCGUGGAGUAUGGAGAAGAGGUCAGGGGCAUGACCGAGACCCAGUUCUGUGCGGCCCUGGACAGCUUCAGAGACGCUGCGCGGGAAGUAAUAGCGGAGCUGGACGGCACCGGCUCCCGCCUGUGCCUGCUCCAGAUGGUGGGCGCCUGGCAGAGCAUGGCCUGCAUGCACAGCGUGGCCACCGCCUGCCGCCCCGACCUCGUCAUGGCCACCAUGGCGCAGGCACAGGCGGCUGUGCGGCGCGACGCGCUGCCCGACGCCGGGUUUGCCGCGCUGGCGCGCGCGCUGCGCCUGAGCCCGGCGCAGGUGGCCAGCCUGGGGCGCGUGCACCGCCAGCAUGUGGCCAUGCUGUGCGCGCUGGGCGGCAGCGGCGCGGCGCAGCGACGCAGCGCGGCGGCGGCGGUGGCCACGGGCGCCGCCGCCGCGCCGGCUGCCUCGCUGGCGGGCAUGAUGGACGGGUACCUGGAGGCGCUGUCCACCGCGGCGGCACUGGAGCGCUACCUGGCCGGCAUGAACUCCCUGGUCUCCUCCUACUGCAGCCAGGUGUUCAUGGUGCUGGGCGUGGAGCAGGCGCUGCGCUGGAUUGGACACCUUCCCCGCGGCUUCCCCGCCGUCGCCGCCUUUGUCGAGCACGUGCUGGCCACCGCCGGCGGCGCCGCCGCGCUAGAGGCAGGGGAGGGGGAGACGUCGGCGCCUGGCGCGGCCCCCGCCGCCACACUGGCCAUCGCCGGGGUUACAUGCCCCGGCAUGCGCAUGGUGUGA